GGCCAAGAUAGAGGCCAAUCAACGACGGAAGGAAACCAAGAUGGAUUCCUUCAUAAAUGGCAGCCGAGAAAGGAUGGAGGUCCCAAUAACCUCCACCUGGUGUGAGGACCCCAAGCUGACUGUUGCUCUGAAUGGGCAAGCUGACAGACCGAUUGUUUCCACUGGUUGGAGCGUGUAUGACAUCGACCCACCUACGAGUACACCCAAAGUCAAAAGUGUUGCAUCCAGGCAGAAGCAGCAAGCCGCAAAACCAGAGUCACAAGGUGGUGCAGGAUGGCAAGGAAGCAGUAAUGUGGUGAAGCAGGUUCAGCAACAGAAUAAAAACCGGGAGCAACGUCAGCAGCGACAGAAAGAACUGAGAAAAGAUAAGGAGCUUCACAAGAGAAUGCAUCAAAACAACCCCAACUGGGAGUUCUUGGCUAUGAUCAGGGAGUACCGUGAUAGUAUGGAGUUCCAUCCCCUACAAGAGUCAGACCCCGUGGAAGACCACGCGAUUACAGUUUGUGUCAGGAAGAGGCCACUCAAUAUGAAAGAAGUGGACAGGAAUGAGCCCGAUGUGAUCUCGGUGCUCAGUAAAAAUCACAUUGUUGUGCACGAGCCCAAACUUAGUGUGUACCUCACAAAGUUCUUAGAGAACCAACACUUCAUAUUUGAUUACGCUUUUGACGAGUCCUGUUCCAAUGACUUGGUCUACAAGUACACAGCAAAGCCUCUGGUCCAAACGGUCUUCAAGGGCGGGGUGGCAACAUGUUUUGCAUAUGGGCAGACAGGAAGUGGCAAGACCCAUACAAUGGGCGGUAACUUUCUGGGUAAAACACAAAACUUCCAGAAAGGAAUCUAUGCCAUGGUAGGGGAGGAUAUCUUUAGGUACUGUACGUCACCUGAGUAUAAUGCCCUUAACCUGACGGUAUCCGCAAGCUUCUACGAGAUAUACAACGGUGAGGUCUUUGAUCUGUUGGCAAAAAGAACUAAACUGCGCAUUCUUGAAGAUGACAAGCAGCAAGUGCAGAUCAUGGGUCUGACUGAAAGAGCAGUCAACUCAGUGGAUGAGCUCCUUCAAGUCAUACAGCAUGGCACCCGAACUAGAACAUCAGGAAAGACCGCAGCAAACGCCAGUUCUUCACGGUCUCAUGCAGUACUCCAGAUUGUAGUCCGGGCACCUAGUAUCAAGAACAUUCAUGGCAAGUUCUCACUGAUUGAUCUAGCUGGCAAUGAGACGGCAGGAGAUAUGUCUUCUGCGAAUCGGCAGAGAAGGCUGGAAGGUGCGGAGAUUAACAAGUCACUUCUAGCUCUAAAGGAGUGUAUCAGAGCGUUGGGCAGGAAAGGUGCACAUCUCCCAUUUCGAGGCAGCAAGCUCACCCACAUUCUCAGAGACUCCUUCAUCGGGGUGAACUCCAAAACAUGUAUGAUAGUGAUGAUUAGUCCAAGCAUGAAAUCAUGUGAAUACUCUCUGAACACACUGCGAUAUGCAGAUCACGUGAAGGAACACAGAUCAAUAUAUAAGCAAUGAAGAACCGGCUACAAAA